CUCAGCUCUUGCAAGGUUGCAAUGGUAGCGUUAGCAGCUGCCAUGGCUGCCAAUCUUAUCUUAAUCGAAACUAACCCUCUUCGUCCUCUUCUGCGUCUAAAUUUCCGGGCAACCCAGAAGGCAACGACGAGGCCACUUGCAGUCCUUGGCAAGGCAAAUACAUUGCGAGUACCUUACCAGCUGAAGGAAGGGCAAACUCGUAUCUUCCAUGAACUCCCCUCUGGUAUGAACAUGGAGGUUAUCUUACAAAAGGGUGUUCAAAACAACACAGAUGAGGAAAUGGAGAGAUCGAGAUACCCACCUCUGGUUUUUGUCCAUGGAAGCUUCCACGCAGCUUGGUGUUGGGCUGUACACUGGUUUACCUUCUUUUCUCAAUUUGGGUACGAUUGCUACGCCGUUAGCUUGUUGGGUCAGGGUGAUAGUGAUGUACCUGCAGGGGAUUCAGCUGGUUCUCUUCAGACUCAUGCAAGUGAUAUUGCUGAUUUCAUCCGGAAAGAGCUCAGGUUGCCGCCCGUGUUGCUUGGACAUUCAUUUGGAGGACUUAUUGUUCAGUCCUAUCUCUCAAAUAUGAACGGACACUUCUCAGAGAGGGGAAGUUUGCACCCGAAACUUGCAGGAGCUGUGCUUGUCUGCUCUGUACCUCCUUCAGGAAAUAGUGGGUUAGUGUGGCGGUAUAUCUUUUCAAAACCUAUUGCUGCUUUCAAGGUGACACUCAGCUUGGCCGCAAAAGCUUUUGCAACAUCUUUGCCUCUUUGCAAGGAAACAUUUUUCUCUGCUGAAAUGGAAGAUCAUCUAGCGCAACGUUACCAGGAGCUAAUGAAAGAAAGUUCAAGUCUGCCAUUGUUUGAUCUGAAGAAGCUUAAUGCAUCAUUGCCUGUUCCUUCAGUUCCAAUAUCUAUUCAAGUCGUUGUAUUAGGUGCUGGCAAUGACUUCAUUGUGGAUGCCCAAGGUCUUAGCGAAACAGCAAGAUUUUAUGGGGUGCAGCCAGUUUGUGUUGAAGGGGUCGCUCAUGAUAUGAUGUUAGAUUGUUCAUGGGAGAAAGGAGCAGAAGUUAUCUUGUCAUGGCUGAAUAGUUUGAAUGAGCAGAAACCCCUGUAACUUCAUUGCAAAGUGUGAAGUAGACCUGAAUGAGGUAGUCAAUUUAUGGGAGCUUAUCCUCUACAAUCAACAUUGAACCUCCUCUAUCUAACUAUUAGUGAAAUGCUAACAACAGUUUUGGCUGUAGGAGGUUCAGUUCCUUCUUAAAUGUAGGGGAAACAAGGGAUGAGGAAUAACAAAUCCAAGGGUGAUCUUUUCUGUGAGUUGGGCAAACCAGCAAAUGUCUCCUUUCUGUGCAUGGUUGAGUAUUAUUUAUGCAGUUUGUCAAGACUUACAGCUAUGGCUCGAGGAAUC